CGAGCUCGAACACCAUGAGUACAUGACUUCAAACAUGGACAACUGGAUCUGCAAUAAAUUGUGAUUGGCCUUAAACUGACUUUCAACCACAGCAAAGCCUUGCAGGAUCUCUCCUUUCUGCUUUACAUCUAUAUAGUCUCCUCACACCACCAGUUCAGCCAUGUACGGAAGCACUCGGUCAGUUGGUAAGGUUGAACCAAGCAACCAGAGUCCAGGGCGUUCACCAAGGUUGCCACGAUCACCACGCCUGGGUCACCGUCGAACCAACAGCACUGGUGGGAGCUCUGGAAGCAGUACUGGAGGUGGCAGUGGGAAGACACUUUCCAUGGAAAAUAUUCAAUCCUUAAAUGCUGCCUAUGCCACAUCUGGCCCUAUGUAUCUCAGUGACCAUGAGAACGUGGGUGCAGACACCCCUAAAAGUACCAUGACUCUCGGUCGAUCCGGUGGACGGCUGCCUUAUGGUGUGAGAAUGACUGCAAUGGGUAGCAGCCCUAACAUUGCCAGUAGUGGUGUUGCCAGUGAUACUAUUGCAUUUGGAGAGCACCACCUUCCUCCAGUGAGCAUGGCAUCCACUGUGCCUCACUCACUGCGCCAGGCCAGGGAUAAUACUAUAAUGGAUCUGCAGACACAGCUCAAAGAGGUAUUGCGGGAAAAUGAUCUGCUGCGCAAGGAUGUGGAGGUGAAAGAAAGCAAGCUGAGCUCCUCCAUGAACAGCAUCAAGACCUUCUGGAGUCCUGAGCUAAAGAAGGAAAGAGCACUAAGAAAAGAUGAAGCUUCCAAAAUCACUGUUUGGAAGGAGCAGUAUAGAGUUUUACAAGAUGAAAACCAGCAUAUGCAGAUGACUAUCCAGGCUCUCCAGGAUGAGCUUCGGAUCCAGCGGGACCUGAACCAGCUUUUCCAGCAAGACAGCAGCAGUAGAACCAGUGAACCCUUUGUGGCAGAGCUAACAGAGGAGAACUUCCAACGGCUCCAUGCAGAGCAUGAACGCCAGGCCAAGGAACUUUUCCUGCUGCGCAAAACAUUAGAAGAGAUGGAGUUGCGCAUUGAGACUCAGAAGCAGACCUUAAAUGCUCGUGAUGAGUCUAUCAAAAAGCUGCUGGAGAUGUUGCAGAGUAAAGGGCUGUCAGCAAAAGCCACAGAGGAGGAUCAUGAGCGGACAAGACGGCUGGCUGAGGCAGAGAUGCAUGUCCAUCAUUUGGAGAGCCUGCUGGAACAGAAGGAGAAGGAAAACAACAUGCUGAGGGAGGAGAUACAUCGUCGGUUUGAAAAUGCUCCGGACUCUGCCAAGACAAAAGCUCUGCAAACUGUUAUUGAGAUGAAGGACUCAAAAAUCUCCUCCAUGGAGCGAGGUCUCCGGGAUUUGGAAGAGGAGAUCCAGAUGCUGAAGUCAAAUGGAGCUGUGAGCACGGAGGAGCGGGAGGAGGAAAUGAAGCAAAUGGAGGUGUAUCGUAGUCAUUCCAAAUUCAUGAAAAAUAAGGUAGAGCAACUGAAAGAAGAGCUAAGUGCCAAAGAGGCUCAAGGAGAGGAGCUGAAAAAGAGAGCGGCUGGUCUCCAAGCUGAGAUUGGUCAGGUGAAACAGGAGCUAUCACGUAAGGACACAGAGCUGCUGGCUUUACAGACGAAGCUGGAGACCCUCACAAACCAGUUCUCUGACAGCAAACAGCAUAUUGAGGUGCUGAAAGAGUCUCUUACAGCAAAAGAGCAGAGAGCAGCCAUCCUGCAGACAGAGGUGGAUGCACUCCGGUUACGUCUGGAGGAAAAGGAGACCAUGCUGAAUAAGAAGACAAAGCAGAUUCAGGAGAUAGCUGAGGAGAAAGGCACUCAAGCAGGAGAAAUCCAUGAUCUCAAGGAUAUGCUGGACGUGAAAGAACGCAAGGUCAAUGUUCUUCAGAAGAAGAUUGAAAAUCUCCAGGAACAGUUAAGAGACAAGGAGAAACAAAUGAGCAGUUUGAAGGAUCGAGUAAAAUCCCUGCAGGCUGACACCACCAACACUGACACUGCCUUGACUACACUGGAAGAAGCACUUGCAGAGAAAGAGCGGACUAUUGAGCGCCUGAAAGAGCAACGGGACCGGGAUGAGCGAGAAAAACAGGAAGAGAUCGACAACUUCAAGAAAGAUAUUAAGGACCUAAAAGAAAAAGUCAGCCUCUUGCAAGGAGAUCUCUCGGAGAAAGAGGCUUCCCUGCUGGAUCUGAAGGAGCAUGCUUCAUCCUUGGCUUCCUCAGGUCUGAAGAAAGACUCCAGACUCAAAACAUUAGAAAUUGCACUGGAGCAGAAAAAAGAGGAAUGUUUGAAAAUGGAAACUCAGCUGAAGAAGGCUCAUGAAGCAACACUGGAGGCUAGAGCCAUCCCAGAACUGAAUGAGCGAUUCCAGCAGUUGGAGAAGGAGGUAGCCCGGUACCGGGAAGAAUCCAGCAAAGCUCAAGCUGAAGUAGAUCGCCUUCUGGAAAUACUGAAGGAGAUGGAAAAUGAGAAGAAUGAUAAAGAUAAGAAGAUAGCAGAAUUGGAGAGGCAAGUCAAAGACCAAAAUAAGAAAGUAGCAAACCUGAAGCACAAAGAACAAGUAGAGAAAAAGAAAAGUGCACAGAUGUUAGAAGAGGCCAGGCGGAGGGAGGACAAUCUCAAUGACAGUUCCCAACAACUUCAGGACAACCUACGUAAGAAGGAUGAUCGGAUUGAAGAACUGGAAGAGGCACUCAGAGAAAGUGUGCAAAUAACUGCAGAACGGGAAAUGGUGCUAGCACAAGAGGAGUCAGCCAGGAUCAAUGCUGAGAAACAGGUAGAGGAACUGAUGAUGGCCAUGGAGAAGGUUAAGCAAGAGCUGGAGUCUAUGAAAGCAAAACUUUCUUCUACUCAGCAGUCAUUGGCUGAGAAGGAAACCCAUUUGACCAACCUGCGAGCAGAAAGGAGGAAACAUUUGGAGGAAGUCCUGGAGAUGAAACAAGAAGCCCUUCUUGCUGCCAUCAGUGAAAAAGAUGCCAAUAUUGCUCUGCUGGAGCUUUCAUCCUCUAAGAAGAAAACUCAAGAUGAAGUGGCUGCACUGAAACGGGAGAAGGACCGCUUGGUACAGCAGCUCAAGCAGCAGACUCAGAAUCGCAUGAAGCUGAUGGCAGAUAACUAUGAGGAUGACCACUUCAAAUCCUCAUCCCAUUCCAGUCAAACCAACCACAAGCCCUCCCCUGACCAGAUAAUUCAACCCCUCUUAGAACUUGACCAGAAUCGCAGUAAAUUGAAGUUAUACAUUGGACACCUGACAGCCCUCUGCCAUGACCGUGACCCCAUGAUUCUGCGUGGACUCACCCCACCUGCUUCCUACAACCUGGAUGAUGACCGGGCAGCUUGGGAGAAGGAACUGCAGAUGAUGACUCAAGAACAGCUUCAUGAUGAAUUAGAAAAGGGCGAGAGGAACAACGCAGAGCUGCAGGAAUUUGCUAAUGCCAUCUUACAACAGAUAGCUGAUCACUGCCCUGACAUCCUGGAGCAAGUCGUCAACGCACUUGAGGAGUCGUCAUGACCUCAGCCGCUAGCCCCACAGGAGCAACAGAGCUCAUGGCCAAGCCCAGUCAGUCCAAGGAGUCAUGUGAAAGGAAAGGAGUGUGAGAGAGACAAUGGAAUAGGAAUUUUUGGUGCACCUUUUACAAAGAAAAAACCUCUAUAAACUACAUGCUAUCUUGGUUCUCCCAGUCUAUGACUGCUGAAUCCAGUUUGCAUUCAUCUUCUCACUGCCUUUCUACUUUGGAAUCUGUCUCCCAGUUAACUUUCUUCUUGGAAUUGAGGCUUUUGGAUACAUCUAAGCAGAAAAUGUCUGAGUCCACUAAGCACAGAAGAGGGCAUCCACUGGACACAAGCAGUUCUUUGUGAGGUCAUGGAAGGGGGCAUUGGCCUUUUGUUCUUUUGUUGUUGCUGGUUUGUUUCUAUGAAAAUGUAAAACCUGAAUUUCUUAAUGCUAAAACAGAGCAUGCUCUACUUAUGAGCUGCAGCUGACCUGCAUCAGCUGACAAGCUUGGGAUUUGCUGCCUGUCUAAAUUUCUUAUGAAAAGGAGGGCAGUAUCACCAGGUAAAGAGAGGGCAAGUCUCUCUGUUUGGUCUUGCUGGUCAUUUCCAUCCAGCAGCUGUGGGGUAAGAUAGGCAUAUGGGUGCUUUUUUGUUGGUUAGUCUGUUUACUUAGCCUCACUUCUGUUGUUACUGAACUGGCUCUGAAGUGCCAAAUGUGGCUUAUUUUCACAUUGUUUUCUUUAGCUCUUGGGGUCUUAGUUAUGUUUUUGCACAAUCAUGUAUCUCGCCUCUGCCACUUGCUUCUUGUUUUCAGAGAGUUCCCUUCCAUCAAGCAGGUCAGCCUCCAAGCAUAGUGUGUGUACCUUACCCAGUGCUAAUGUUUCAGGCAGUGGUUUUGUGAGCUCUAAUUGCAAGCAGAGUAGUUCUAGCAUUAACUACAUAAGAAAGCUGCACCAGCUUGAGUAAAGAGGCAAUUUUUAAAUCAGUUAAGAUAAAUGGGUAGAAUAGGCUAUAUGGACACUCUUGCUUUAAUAUAAAUUAACUUCCUUUUGAUUUUUCUUAAUUUGAUUAAGAAUCACUUUAAAGUGAAUGGAAGUAAGCCAUUCUUAAACUGAACUAAGAAAAUUUACUUUGGGGUUUGCACCCAUUUAAAUGAACUAGUUUACAGUUACACUUUUAAUUAAACCACUGCAACUCUAUUGCCAUCCAUCCUUUGCCAUCCUCAUGAUAGCCAAUACUGGCAAGUGAUAUAACCCCUAAUAAGUGAUCUGUUUGUUAUUGCCUUAGCAAAUUAGAAUCUAUUCUAGUGAUAAGGCUCCAACGGUCCAUCCAUACCUUUUGCUCUUAGUGUGAAGACAUGAUUUUGCUCUGGGUGCUUUUUGUGUCUUCAGUGUGCU